CUCCAAGUGUUUUGUUCUCGGCUCCUUUGAAAGCUUUUAGGUCAUCGCUUUCAUCAACCUUUUCUCAUCAUCACUCAUUCAUUGAUUUUUGGAUUGGCGGCGUGGAAAAUGGCUAGUCAAGAGAUACGCAUAAGUUUGCCUGGAAUGACAAAAGUACCAUUAAUAGAUAGAAAAGAAGAUAUUUGCUCUAUUCUUCAAACUUAUUUCCACCAGUUUUCUCCAGUUGGGAAAAACUUUAACAUACGCCCUUCAGCUUCCUUUUCUCCACAUAUUUUUGGAGCUGGCAAAAGCUUUGUAGGUCAAAAUUUUUUAGAGUUUUUAAAAAAAUUCGCCGAAGAAGAAAAAGAGCAGAAGGAGACGGAGGUUUUCAACAAGAGCUCGUCGGGAAAAAUUGAUGCGAAGAUUUUUUCUUGGAAGCACUUUGCGGAAAACAUUUUGUUGGUUUGCUUUGAACUAGGAGAGAGUUUUUCUCGUGCUCCUUUUCCAAGGUUUCGAAAGGCUUUGAUGUAUAACAUAGCUAUGGCUACAGCCCAGUGUAAUGGUAUGACCGCCCGUGAAAUUGUAGAAUUCACGGACGCAGCGAUGAAGCAACCUAGUGUUUCUUUAUUUGUCCAGUAUCUUCUCGAACAGUUUCAGAAACAAUAUUUAUUUUUGAUGAUAGACGAACUUAGCCACCUGAGUUACCUCACCAAAUACUAUAGUGAACUUACCAUGAAACAAUUUAUCGAGCCCGAUGCAGAAUAUGUACCUUUCCGGAAGUUUUUCCGCUUUUUGCGUGAUUUGUUGAUGACAGGGAAGGUAAUCGUCUAUUUGGCAGGCAGGACAUCUCAAAUCUCAGCCCGUAUGUCUGAUGCUCGCUCCAGUAGCAUGAGCCUCGAUAUGUUGCGAUUGAAUCCUUUUAACCUCAACGAUAUUAAUGAAUAUCUUGAGCUGGCAAUUUAUAGUGGAAAGACCUUGAAGGACUGGUUAUUGCCCUCAGAUGGCUUGCAACAUCGAUUCGCAGAAUUAUUAAAAAAGAAGACAGGAGGUAUUCCGUUGAUUUUAAAGAAUACUUUAGUAGCCCUAGCAGAGAAAGCUGCAGACUUGUCGCAACCUGUUAUCAACGAUGACAAUAUGGAAAGUGUGUUAGAUGAUAUUUUUCACUCUGUAGUACGAAAGACAACAACGUUUAUUGUUCCGGAGAUAUUAGAUUCUGCAACCCUUCUUCGAUAUCAAUUUGUUCUUUUCAAUUAUCAGCUCGGGACAGUUUUUCCAAUCAACUUUGCAAUUACUCUAUGUGGAACGACAACUUAUUUGAUGGAUUUGGUUGCAACUUUUGGGUUUUACUCUGAAGUUUUGGGCGAAGAAUUCAAGAUUGGUUGUUGUGAAUUUAUAUUGCGAGCUCAUAGCAACUAUAAAUUUUUCCGUGAGGCUACUGAACUUUUUCCUUUAUCUCCGUUUAGUUAUAUUCCCGACACUUCAACAGCAAAAGGAGUCUUCUUUGAAUUUGUAUUUAUGAAGAUCUUUCGCUUUCGCUUAUUAACUUUUCUUCAUUCUAAUUCCUCGCCUAUUGUACAUUCUGCUAUUCCAGGAAUUUUCCAGG